CUGAACCCAGACUGGAACAAAUACGAUGACAGGUUAAUGAAAGCAGCAGAAAGGGGAGAUGUGGAGAAGGUUUCAUCCAUCCUUGCCAAAAAAGGAGUCAGUCCUACUAAACUGGACGUGGAGGGGAGAUCUGCAUUUCAUGUUGUGGCAUCAAAGGGAAACCUGGAUUGCUUGAACACCUUCCUUAUUCAUGGAGCUGAUAUCACAGCCACUGAUGCUGCAGGCAGGAACGCCUUGCACCUGGCGGCCAAGUACGGACACGCUUUGUGUUUGCAGAAGCUGUUGCAGUACAAUUGUCCAACAGAGAACGUGGAUCUUCAGGGAAGAACUGCUCUUCAUGAUGCAGCUAUGUCAGACUGUUCCUCUAGCAUACAACUCCUGUGUGACCACGGGGCCUCAGUGAACUCAAAAGAUGGAGAUGGGAGGACACCGCUAGUGCUGGCCACUCAGAUGUGUCGUCCCACCGUUUGUCAGCUGCUGAUAGACAGAGGAGCAGAUGUUAAUGCCAGGGACAAACAAAACAGGACUGCCUUGAUGCUGGGCUGUGAAUAUGGCUGCAAGGAUGCAGUGGAAGUUCUGCUCAGGAACGGCGCGGAUGUCGCUUUGACUGAUGGCCUUGGCCACGACUGUGCUUACUAUGCCAGAAUUGGGGACAGUAUUGACAUCUUGGCUUUAAUCAAAGCUGCUGCUGAGGAUUCCACAAAAGCAAGAGAUACCAUGAGGAAAGGACAGCCUGAACAAAAGGUGACAAACGUGUCCCAGAGGUGGAAUCGGCUGCACGGGCAGGAGGAGGUGAACGUGAAGCUGUAUCAGAAGGAACAGAGUGCUCAGGAACUGGAGUUAGAGAAUCAAGAUCUGAAAGAUCGAAUGAGAGAAGUGCAAGAGGAGCAGAGGAUGCUGCUGGAUAGAAUCAGUGGGCUACAACUGCAGCUGAAUGAGGAGCAAAUGUUUGCAGAUGAUCUUGAAAAUGAGAAGGAUGAGUUGAAGAAGAUCCUAGCUACCAAGGAAAAACAGCAGGAAGAAAGCUUAAGAACUAUUGAAGCUCUCAAAGCUAAACUCAAAUAUUAUGAAGGUGAUUUUGUGGGACCUGGAAGUAACUUUGGUAAUAGAAAAGAAGAUUUAUUACUUAAACAAGGCCAAGUGUUUGCUGUGGAAUCACAGUCUAGGUCUAUGCUGAGACCCCUGGAGCUUUCCUUGCCUAACCAAUCAGCCAGUUCAGAGAAGGAGACUUUAAAGAGAGAACUUGACAACAUGAGGACCUGCUAUGGUGCAGCAAAAGAAGAAAUCAGCAAAUUGCAGAGAGAGCUGUCUCAGAAGGUGUUGGAGUGUAAAGCUUUGGCAUCAGAGUGUGAAAGGACCAAGGCAGAAUCUGAUAGACAGAUAAAACAGCUGGAAGAUGCUUUAAAAGAUGUACAGAAGAGAAUGUUUGACUCUGAAGGCAAAGUUAAGCAAAUGCAGACCCACUUUCUUGCUCUGAAAGAUCACCUGACUAACGAAGCUGCUUCAGGAAACAGUAAGUUAACAGAGGAGCUGAAGGAUCAGUUGAAAGAGAUGAAAACGAAGUACGAAGGAGCCUCUGCUGAGGUGGGAAAACUGAGGAACCAGAUUAAGCAGAAUGAAUUGCUGGUGGCAGAAUUUAAGAGAGAUGAAGGAAGGCUAGUGGAGGAGAAUAAAAGGUUGCAGAAGGAACUUGUUAAGUUGGAGAUGGAGCGAGAUAAAAGGGGAAGAAAUGUCACGGUGUUAGAAGGGCAGCUCAAAGAGACAGCAGCAAAGUUACAGCAGUCUGUAACUUCAGAGGAAUUUGAAAACAUGAAGAGUUCGUUAUCAAAUGAAGUGAAUGAGAAGGCAAAGAGGUUAGCUGAGGUGGAAGGAGAGCGGGAAAGACUGCAGGCAGAGAUCCUGCUUUUGAAGAAGGAAUCUGAGAGCCAGAAAGCCCAACUGGCUCAGCAAGUAAAGCCAGAAGACCACGAGCAAAUGAGGAGUGGGUUUGAGCAAAAAACUGAGACGCUUGGGAAGACGAUUGCUGAACUAUCCCAGAAGAAUCAGACUUUGCAGAAGGAACUGGAAAGUUUGCAGAUGGAUAACAAGACUCUUAAGCAGCAAAUCCAAAUGCUAAAAAUUGAAAUGAAAAGCCAGAAUGUGCCUUUAAAAAUUCACGAGGAACUGAAGAAAGCCAACGACCUGACUGUUGAGGACCUGACCAAGAAGCUUUUUGAAAUGACAAAGAAGUACAACGAAAGCAGAGCAGAAGCUGAAAAGUUGCUGGUGGAGAAGAACAGCUUAAGUGAGAGUAUCAGUCACUUCCAGGCUGUGUACCUGUCUCCAGAGCAGCACAAAAAAGAAGUGGAAGCUUUAAAAUCUAGUGGUAUUGAGCUGGAAAAGCAGCUUGCUGAGUUUCAGAAAAAAUAUGAUGAUGAGCAAGCAAAAGUGUGCAGGCUGGUCUCUGAAAAUGCUGUGGUGAGAGAGACUCUGCAGGAUCAGUACGUGUUGGCUACAACUCACGAGGAGGUGAAGGCAGUCUUGAAUAGCACACUGGAAAGGACUAAUAGGGAGCUGUCAGAUCUGAAGGGAAAAAAUGAGGAGUUAAAGCAAGAACUCACGAGGGUAAAUGAAGAAAAUGGAACUUUGAAAAAUCGGGUGAAACUCUUACAGGUUCAAAUGCAAAGUGAGUAUGUCAGUUUAAAAGCUCAUGAGACUGCAGUGACUGCUUUAAAUAAAAGCAUGCAAGAACUUCAGGAGAACAAUGUUGCCAUUACAGCUGAAUAUAAGAGGGGUCAAGAAGAAAUUCUCCAGUUGCAUGUGGAAAUUGAAGCUCAGAAGAAGGAACUUGACACAAUACAAGAAUGCAUCAAGUCCAAAUAUGCCCCAAUUGCCUCCUUUGAAGACAAAGAGCAAAGCUUCGAAGCCACAGUGAAAGAAUUGAAAGCACAGUUGGAGGAAGAGGUGCAGAAGUGCAGAGACAGCGAGGAGGAGAACAAGAAGUGCAAAGAGGAGAAUGAGAAGCUGAGAAAUGGGGUUUUGUCCAUCCAGAAUGACUUGCAGCAGAACUACAUCCUGGCAGAGAAAUCCCGGGAGAUGGAAAAGAUGUUUGCAGGCAAACUGGAGGAGCUGAAUGAGCAGCUGAGAGAACUGCUGCAGAAAUAUACGGGUGAAAAAGAGGAGAGAGAUGAGCUGGGAGAGGGCACCAAGCAGCCCCUAACUGUGCAGGCUCAGCAGCUUUCAGCAGAACAAAUCGAAGCCUUGAAGGCAGCUCUUGGUGACACUAUAGAGGAUCUAAGGGAAGCCCUCAGAAGUAAGAAGGAAUGCUAUGACAAAGAAACACUAAAAGUAGGAGAACUACAGCAGGAGCUGUCAGGGCUAAAGAAGUCUUCAAUACCCUUGGUGGAAUAUACACAAAUGAAGGAAAUGCUGGAACAAGAAAUCGUGGCAAUCAAAGCCAGCUUGAAAGAAAAGGAAGAAGAAAACCAGGUUCAAAGUGAGGAAAUCUCAAAGCUGGAGUCUGAGAUGCAGCACACUCGACAAGCUUUAACAGAGCUGGAGAGCAAGGAAGUGAUUGACAUGUCAGAAUACAGAGCCAUGAAGAGCACUCUGGAGGCCCAGAUCAACAGCAUAGCCCAAAACUUGUCCAAUGUGAAUAAAAAGUACGAGGAGGCGCGGGAGGAGGCUCUGCAGGCUAAAAGGAGUGAGCUUGCUUUAAAGGAUGAAAAAGAGCUGCUGCAGUUAAGGAGCUGCAGCAUUGAGCAAGAAAUCAAAGACCAGAAAGAAAGGUGUGAUAAGUCAUUGACGACCAUUAUUGACUUGCAGAAGAGAAUUCAGGAAUCUGCAAAGCAAGUAGAAGCCAAGGAUAACAAGAUAACAGAGCUGCUUAACGACGUCGAGCGGUUGAAACAAGCUCUGAAUGGCUUGUCCCAGCUUACCUAUACCACUGGGAUUCCCUCAAAGAGGCAGAACCAGCAGGUUGAAGUGCUCCAGAACCAAGUGAAAACUCUGCAGCAGCAGCUGGCUGAUGCUAAGAGGCAGCAUCAAGAGGUGGUUUCAGUUUAUCGGACACAUCUUCUUAGUGCUGUACAGGGUCACAUGGAUGAAGAUGUCCAAGCUGCUUUAUUGCAGAUCAUCCAGAUGAGACAGGGGCUGGUUUGCUGACGUGCUCAGUGCUGGUGCUCUGGGAGGCUGCUGCACCUUGUAGGAGUGCUGUGAUGACGGUAGUGAUAACCUUUGUGAGAUUUAU